CAAACAUUAUUAGAGGUCUUUCAUUUGGAGACUUUUAACUCAUUCAUCGAGUGCCUCUGUUGCAUGAGGCACCAUCCCAGGCACUCAGAAUGCAAACCUGUGCCCAACAGAGGGGUCUAUUUCCAGCCGGGUGACCUGAGUGUCAUGAUUUACUGGGUGGACUCCUGUCAUAGCUACCUGGGGUCAGCAAAGAAAAGCGAACAGAGUAUCUGUCAGGCAAGAGCUGCUGUGAUGGUUUAUGAUGAUGCCAACAAGAAGUGGGUGCCAGCUGGUGGCUCAACUGGGUUCAGCAGAGUUCAUAUAUAUCACCAUACAGGCAACAACACCUUCCGAGUGGUGGGCAGGAAGAUUCAGGACCAUCAGGUGGUGAUAAAUUGCGCCAUCCCUAAGGGGUUGAAGUACAAUCAGGCUACACAGACCUUCCACCAGUGGCGAGAUGCCAGACAGGUGUAUGGCCUCAACUUUGGCAGCAAGGAGGAUGCCAAUGUCUUCGCAAGUGCCAUGAUGCAUGCCUUAGAGGUGUUGAAUUCACAGGAAACAGCCCAGAGCAAGGUUGCUGCUACCCAGGACAGCACUAAUUUGCGAUGUAUUUUCUGUGGGCCAACAUUGCCUAGACAAAAUUCUCAACUGCCUGCCCAAGUUCAAAAUGGCCCAUCACAAGAAGAAUUGGAAAUUCAAAGAAGGCAGCUGCAAGAGCAACAACGACAAAAGGAGCUGGAGCGCGAGCGUGUGGAGCGCGAGCGGGUGGAGCGGGUGGAGCGUGAGCGCCUGGAGCAGGAGCAGCUGGAGCGUGAGCGCGAGCGGGAGCAGCGUGAGCGUGAGCGGCAGGACCGGCUGGAGCGAGAGCGCCUGGAGCGGCUGGACCGAGAGCGGGAGCAGCGUGAGAGGCAGGAGCAACGGGAGCGAGAGCAGCGCGAGAGGCAGGAGCAGCUUGAGCGCGAGCAGCUGGAAUGGGAGCGGGAGCGUGAGCGCAGGCUGUCAGCCGCUGCACCGUCCGACAGCUCCCCGUAUAGCGCGCCACUUCCUGAGUAUGCCAGUUGCCAGCCUCCUUCGGCACCUCCUCCAUCCUAUGCUAAAGUCAUCUCAGCUCCAGUGUCAGAGGCCACUCCUGACUAUGCUGUAGUGACCGCUUUGCCACCUACUUCCACACCCCCUACACCACCACUGCGACACUCAGCGACACGUUUUGCAGCAUCUGUAGGUUCAGCCUUCCACCCUGUUCUUCCCCAUUAUGCUACAGUUCCUCGUCCUCUGAACAAAAACUCUCGGCCUUCUUCUCCUGUGAACACACCCUCUUCUCAGCCUCCAGCUACGAAGCCCUGUGCCUGGUCUACUUCCACUGUUUCGCCCCUCCCUCCAUCUCCUCCAGUAAUGAUUAGCAGCCCCCCAGGCAAAGCGACUGGUCCGAGGCCUGUCCUCCCUGUUUGUGUUUCUUCUCCUGUGCCCCCAAUGCCUCCAUCACCAACAGCACCCAAUGGGCCGCUUGACUCUGUCACAUGUCCAGUGUCUCCACCGCCUACCUCAGGGCCAGCAGUGCCGCCGCCGCCGCCUCCACUGCCUUCCCUCGCACCGCGCUCACACUGUGGAUCUCAAGCCUCUCCUCCUCCAAGCACCCCUAUUGCCUCAACUCCCUCAUCCAAGCCUAGUGUUCUCCCUUCUCCCUCUGCAGCUGCCCCUGCCUCUGCGGAGACUCCUCUAAACUCUGUGCUGGGGGACUCCUCUGCUUCUGAGCCAGGCUUGCAGGCAGCCUCUCAGCCGGCCGAGACUCCAGCCCAACAGGGCAUUGUCUUGGGACCACCUGCACCUCCACCUCCCCCUCCGCUCCCCCCAGGUCCUGCUCUGGCUCCAGCAGCGCUGCCCCCCCACCCAGGGCCUCCACCACCCCCUCCGCUCCCUGCUUCAGGACCUCCACCACCACCCCCUCCACCCCCUCUUCCUAAUCAAGCCCCCCCACCUCCCCCUCCGCCUCCCGCUCCCCCCCUCCCUGCAUCUGGAUUUUUUGCGGCAUCCGCGUCCGAAGACAAUCGCCCUUUGACUGGACUUGCGGCUGCCAUCGCCGGAGCGAAACUGAGGAAAGUGUCCCGGAUGGAGGAUGCCUCUUUCCCAGGCGGAGGUGUGAACCCAGCCUCAUCUAAGUCAGACACAGGUCGUGGGAAUGGACCCCUUCCUUUAGGAGGCAGUGGAUUAAUGGAAGAAAUGAGUGCCCUGCUGGCCAGGAGGAGAAGAAUUGCUGAAAAGGGAUCAACAAUAGAAACAGAACAAAAAGAGGACAAAAACGAAGAUUCAGAGCCCAUAAUUUCUAAGGCCUCAUCGACAAGUACACCCGAACCAACAAGAAAACCUUGGGAAAGAACAAAUACAAUGAAUGGCAGCAAGUCACCUGUUAUCUCCAGACGGGAUUCUCCAAGGAAAAAUCAGAUUGUUUUUGACAACAGGUCCUAUGAUUCAUUACACAGACCAAAAUCUGCACCUUCAUCACAACCCAGUGCCAAUGGCGUCCAGACGGAGGGGCUGGACUAUGAGCGCCUGAAGCAGGACAUUUUAGAUGAAAUGAGAAAAGAAUUAACAAAGCUAAAAGAAGAGCUCAUUGAUGCGAUCAGGCAAGAACUGAGCAAGUCCAAUUCUGCGUAGAGAAACAAACCAAGGAGAAAUAGGACUUUAGUCUGGAGAAAGAAGAAAGACCCCUGUGAACAACAGCCAUUAACAACAAACCCCUACAUUUUGUGAGCUGUGAGAAGAAAGUGGAGACAAAUAGUUGGAAGGAGGAAAACCAACAUACUUGCAAGCCUUCAGACGCUAUUACUCUGGCGAUAAGCUAUUUCCCUCCCAGUUUGCUGCUUUUUUCUGACCUUUUCAACAGGAUGGAAGAGUUGGAUGAGAGUUCCUAUUUAACAAUUAAUGCAGAAAAUACUAAACCCAUCAGGCAAGAUCGCCGUGCUUUGAAAUAUUUUCAUGUCAAGACAAAACCGCACGUUUUUCACAAUCCAUUGCUAAAAUAAAGAGGAGAAAGGCUUAAGAAGUUUGUUUUCAGAGAGUGCUGAUGAAGAAUUUAGCAAGUUACACUAUUGUAAAUGUUUCUCUCAGGUUUGUCUUCCUAUCACAUUUGAUAUUCCGUGAGUAAUGGAGAUCAGCCCUGUGUAGGUUAAGAUCAUAAAAUGUGGAACAAAUGGAAUUGUAUGUGCUUUCAAAGGGUGAUAUUUAUAAGAAAGUGUCCUAAAAAUGAGUUGUCUGGCUUGAGGAAUUUUAGAAUGAUAGGAAGUCUCUCGAGUUAGCCUUCAUGCAAUUUUGUAGAUUAAAACGUAAAAUUCAUCCAGAAUUUAAAGAUUUAGAUGCCUUCCUAAAUUGUUAAAAUGCUUUACCAAAUCUAUGACUCCUACAUAACACACACCAGUGGUCAAAUGUAAAACAAUAUAUUGUAGACUUAUUGUAGGUUUUCAACCUUUUUUAGAUUUAUGCAUGUGGACAUUUUUAUAAUGUAAUUACAACCACCACAAAAUUAGCUUUUUUAAUUGCAGACAGUAAUGCAUGUCACACUAAUACGUAGUGGCCUUUUCAAGGCCUGGUCCCAGGGAAAACAUUUUGUAGAAUAUAGGGGGUGGGAGGAAGGGAAGGAAUAAUUUUUCUUUUAAAGUUAAUUUCUGCACUGUCUUUUUUUCUCAAUUACCUGCAUGAAUAAUAAUGAGGAAUAUUUUGUGACUUUAAUUGGUAAAUAUGUUAGCAGAACCAAGUACUCAAUCUUUUACAUCAUGUCUUCAGCUGUUCGUAUUUUAACUUCAGUAAUUUCAGUGGUCUGAAACAUGAUUCUGAGCUUCACAUGGAUUACAUUGUACUGUGGAACUCGAAAAUUUGAUCCCUGAAUUUGGCAGUUAUUACUACCUAGGUGCCCUGCAGUUGGACAGGUGUUCAGGUACGUGUUCCUGACCAGGAAGCUGCUUUUGAAUUUUGUUACAUGGAAACACAUGAAGUAGUGAUGUCAGCAGCAACUGAAGUCACAGACAUCACGUGGCAGAGGGGACCAGCGAGGGGCUCUGCUUGGUUUUCUUGUCAUGAUGGAGCAAGACUCAGGUGGUGGGAAGAAGGAACUAGAUCCUCCACUCACCCCCACAUGGGUCUGGGUGUGUGUGCGUGUUGUGUACACACAUGCAGUGUGUAAUCCACGCCCCACCCCACCCCGGAAACUUGUGAAGAUUAAAACAGGGAAGAAAAUCUGUAUGUUGCAAGGAUAGUUUUUUUUUGUUUUUUUUUUUAAUUUAGGACAUUAAAAAUUCUCCAGGCUCUCCAUCUUGAUUUCUGCUUGGUAUGUGCCAUAUUUACUUUGAAAUCUUUGAUUAUCUGAAGUUUUACUAAAAUUUUGAAGAAGUAAUCCAUUUUCAUCUGCUUUCUAGAUUUUGUAACCUCAGUUGGUCAGACAGCUUGUUGAUUGCAGUUUAUCAUUCAAAAAGAUUUGAGUGAGGGAAUUGUUUUCCUUGUUAAAAUAGUUCCUGUUUCUGUAGAGACUUCAGUUUUAGAAUUAAUCUGUGAUGGAUGAGCGAUCAUAAUUCAAGUCUACAGUUCUGUUUUCUAUCAACUGUUCAUUGUUAGGAGUAGGAAAGGCAUUCAAGCGGCAGCAAGCCUCUAAAGUAGCGUCUUCUAAAAGAAAUAGGAGGCACUUUUGAUCUUUAUUAUUGUACUUUUGGUUAUGCAAACACUUUGAUGGUAUAAGUGUUUUAAGUCCCCUAUAAAUCUGGUGAGAAAUCACUUGAUUUUGUCGGUGAAGUUAGUCUCUAGUAGGAUAGAAUGCUGGGUACAAGUGGUCCAAAGUCAGAUAAAAGACUACAGCAAAACACUAGAUCUUCAAAAGGAACUGGUUUAUGCACUAAAUGUCUCGUGCCUUGGUCUGAUCCUCACGGGAUGUCUGUGUAACAGGACAGAACCAGUGCUGGGUCACAUCGUGUUCCAUCAGUUUGCGUUUUCCCAGAUUGCUAACUGUUCUUCCAAGAAGUUUGAUUCAGUCACUGUACACAUUUACUGUCCUAUGUGACAGUUUUGUCAUUGUUAGAGAUUUCAGUAAUUAAAAUGGGAAGCAGAAGCUUCAGUUACUCUCCUUUAUGGAAGUGAUGUUCCUUGGAACCCAUCAUGACGAUGGUGUUCCUGCUCUUGUAUGCUGGGUGUCUGAAGCUGAGUGCAGUUCAGGGGGUCCUUUCUGGUUACAGGAAGGCACUUCUUUCCUCAACACUGUGAUCUGACCCGUGACAAAUCUGUCCUAUACGCUAUGUAAAUGGCCAACAGUCCAUUGCAAACCCACUGAAUGUACAAAUCUUAAUGCCGGUGCUGAAAUCUCUCCAGAAUAGUCAUCAUGGUUUCACAGUUGGUUCAAAAUUUGCAAGCAUCACGUGUCAAUCAGAACUGAAGAUGAAACACUAAUGAAUGUUGGAUUCCCAUGCUUUAGGUGUGCUUCCUUUUUAGAUUUUUCGGUUCUCUUGCUAUUUUUACCAUACUGUUUCAUUUAAAUUUCCUACACGCUAACUUCGUUUGUGUGAUUGAAAAUAAACUUGCAGUAUAUACA